UUGAUGUUAAACACUAAUUGUUACAAGUGAGUAACACGAAGACUGUCUCUCUAGUUAAAAAUAAAAUUUAUUUAAAGAAAAGUGGAGGAGCGACAUGAAUUUCCCGUGUAAAAUGCGUAGUUUUUAGAAGUGGGAAUUUUAUAAUAAAAUGAUCAUAAAACUACUUGAUGAUGACAAACAGUUUGUUUCCGACAAUUAUACUGGUAGGAUAUAUCCAUUUUAAUAACAAAAGGACUAACGAUUACUAUCUGUGUUUAGAGACUGAAUAGUAAAAAGACGAUUAAAGUCAAUGGCUCAGAAAGGAUGCGUGAGUGAUACACAUGAUGCAUGUAACCAUGAACCCAUGUGUGUUUACCACAAGUCGGAAUAUAUUCGAUUUUAUUGUGAAGAAUGUCGAGUGUUUAUAUGCGACGACUGCAUUUCUGGGAAAGGCAAACAUAGAAGAUGUUUUAAGACAAAACUAAGUGACUAUGGAAAUAGAUCAAGACGUUUGUUAAGAGAAAGGACAAAAAGAGCAGAAGACAAACUGUCCAAAUUAAGUUCCGAAUUGGAUCUUACUAUGCAGGUUCAAAAACGUUUCAAUGAAGCAGUUGAUGAAAGCAUUAAUUCGGUUGUAUUCAGAAGAGAAAUUAUACGACAGAAAUUUGACGAUUUACAAAAACAGUUGAUAAGUAAAUUAGAUGGCUUGCGUAACCAAGCAAAUGCACAAUAUGAAGAAUUCAUCAAGCUUCAUACCAAUAAAUACUGUAAAAUGCAAGAAAUUACAGAGACUAUCCGUACAACGGAAACGGAUAUGACUGAAGAAAAUAUGAUGAUUUAUACUUCUAAACUGAAUAAAUAUAUAGACAGUUCAGAGGUUGUUCCAAAACUUGAGCCCCCGAGCUAUGUGACGGAUGACAAGUAUUUUUCCUUAAAAUAUCUACAGCAACUAUUUGGCGAUAUUGAAUUUGUUGAGUUUAAUUACCUGCCAAUCGCAACAUAUUGACAAAGCUUACAACCAAAGUUGUAAUAAUAAUUAGAAUAGAAAAAAAAGGACUUAAAUGUUUUCUGUUUUAUUAAAAGUUUAUUCUGAACUGAAAUAUCUUUCUGGAUGCAUUUGUUUGUGUACAUCAUACCAUGAAAGUGGGAAGUUAUCAUGUUUACUGGGAGUGGUGCGGACUAGUAAAUACAGCAAACAGAAAGUAGAAAAAAGUAGUUUUGACGUCAGGAUUUCAUAACUUUUCUUUUUUUUCUUGGUAUGUGGCACCUUUUCCGACUUGAAUCACUAUUUCAUAUUUCUACGUACAUGAUGUACACGAAAUUUUGUUUUCUAUGUAGCAUUUUUUCUUUCUUGUUUCCCUCUUAAAGAUCAGCUGUUUUGCAUGGAAGCUUACAUGGAGCAAUACGUUACAAGACUGACACCUUAUCUUAAAUUCUGAGAACUCUCAGUAUAUGGUGUCCAUAAUAAACUAAUUACGCAUUUGUUUGUUUGUAAGGAAACUACAAUACCAUUGUGAAGUAAGCAUUAAUACUUUAUGUUCAAUAAAUGCAAAGUUAUUACAAUUUAUUGACAUCGUCAAAAAUCUUUUGGCAGGUCCUAUGAGAAUAAACUCAUCAUAGAUACCAGGACUAAAUUUUGUAUAUACGCCAGACGCGCAUUUCGUCUAUAAAAGACUCAUCAGUGACGCUCGAAUCCAAAAAAGUUAAAAAGGCCAAAUAAAGUACGAAGUUGAAGAGCAUUGAGGACCAAAAUUCCUAAAAGUUUUGCCAAAUUCAACUAAGGUAAUCUAUGCCUGAGGUAGAAAAGCCUAAGUAUUUCAAAAAAUCAAUAUUUUGUAAACAGUUAAUCUAUAAAUGUAACCAUAUCAAUGAUAAUUCAUGUCAGCACAAAAAGUGCUGACUUCUGGG